AUGUCACAGAUCCUGUCUCUCUCCAACAGACCAAAUAAUAAUAUUAACACUCAGCCAGCUAUUGAAGUCGAUCAUCACAGUCCUUUAGCCGAUUACAAAAUGGAUCUCGGUAUUCAAUGGAAGGUGCGUACAGAAUAUCAGCUAGCAAUUAAGCAGUAUCUUAACAGGAACUUCAGCCAUUCAUGGGAUAUUAUAAGUCCGCUAGUCAAUACUCCAGACUAUCACAGCGUUGAUAAGCUAUUGAUGGUGAAAUGUUUCAAGCUCUACUUAUCAUUGGUUGAUUUGAUUCUCAAGGAUUUAAAUUAUGAAAAGGAUAACGAAGCGCAUAUAGUCAGUUUUCCGGAAUAUAUUAUUGGUGGAUCACAGAGGGCUGAAGGUGAACGUAUAUACAGCGAAUUUAUGGAUGGCCUAUUGUUACGGCAGAUAAAGAAGAUUUUUGACUACGAUUUGGCCUCAGUUGAUCCCGAACUUGUAUUGAUGUGCUUCAUCAUUGAAUUCUCUAACGCCUUCCCAUUAGGCCGGUUAAGAGAGCAAAUGGAAGCUUAUCUAACGUAUGCAGGUGUGCUGGAAGGAGGUGUCGACGAUUCGGCAUUACAGGAUCCACGAAAAGAAAAUGUCUUAACAUUUUAUCUCAUGCGGGUUAUGGUUAAAAUGGGUAAGGUUGAGGAGUCUAAGGACUUAAUCUGCAGGAUUUAUGUGAAGGACGAUGAAAAGGUGCUUAAGUUUCUUCGCAUCUUAGAAGAGCGAGUUAAGAAGGAAGAGCAACUGGAGAAGCCAAAGAAGUUGAAGGCUAAGAAGAGGUCUGUGGGUAUUUCAGAUGCCGCAAAUCUGCCUUCCGUAAUAGGAGGAAAUACAGCUGAACCUUCUAAACCGAACAGGUCUAUUCAGUCUGGACGCCCUGCAGAGCUGAUGGCAGGAUCCAUACCAAAAGAAGUCGUUCAGCAGGGAAACAAGACGAAAAUGCCGUCUACUGCCAGCACGGCAGUGGUGUUAGAUGCAGAGUCCAUCAGUAAGCAGAAUUCUUCUAAUGGUCAAGUGGAAGAGUUGUAUCCAAUCGCAUUGUUAAUGGAUGAGCUUAGGCAUGAUGACGUUGCCGCCAGAGUCCAGGCCAUGAAGAGAUUAGACACAAUAUCCAUUGCUCUUGGUCCCGAACGCACCAGGAAAGAGUUGAUCCCCUUCUUGGAGGACGUGAUCCCAGAAGAUGAGGAUGAAGUCAUCGCUAUUGCUGCUGAAGAAUUAGGCAAGUUUGUUCCGUUGGUCGGUGGCGCUCAGUUUGCACCUAUUUUAAUUCCAGUUUUGGAGAAGAUCUCCGCCUGCGAAGAGCCGAUUGUUCGUGAAAAGGCUGUUGAAUCUUUAAACAUCAUAGCUGAGACACUCUCUGACGAGCAGAUCCAACGGGAGUUCAUUCCGUUGAUUCAACGCUUGGCUAAGGAGCGUUGGUUUUCUCUCCACAUUGCUGCUUCGGGUCUCUUCCAGAGUGUCAUAAUUCGUGUGUCUUCUGAAAUGCGCGCGGAACUGCUAAAACUCUACUUUGACUUGAUUCAAGACGAUUCUCCAAUGGUGAGAAAGUCCUCUGCCACCGAAUUGCCAGAAUUGAUUGACAUUCUCGGAGACAAAUUUCACACUCCCGAGACUAUUGCAGAGUUUCAUUGGGAUAUCAUCACUUCGAUGUAUGAGAACUUAGUUAACGAUAACCAGGAUUCUGUCAAGUUUCUGGCUGUUGAUGUGUUGAUUUCCAUUUUAGGCUUUUUGAAACACCUUGACGACAAGUCACAUCAUGAAGAGUUGUUUGAAAGCUUGUUGGCUCUGAUCAAUGAUCCUAGCUGGAGAGUUAGAUAUAUGGUUGCCGAUCGAUUUGAUAAGUUGGCCCAGAAUUUUAAUGAUGAUAGUUAUACGUUGAAGUUGGUGCCCAACUUACUAUCUCUGAUGAAGGACAACGAGGCGGAGGUUCGUAAGGCUAUCUCAACGCAGUUACCAGGGUUCUGUUCCUUGGCAAACAAGGCAGAUAGAAGUAUCAUGCUAGAAGACAUAGUCCCCGUGAUUUCUCAAUUGAGUAUGGAUGAAUCCGAAACUGUGAGAAGCGCCCUGGCCAGUGAAAUUACCGGUUUGGCUCCUAUAUUUGGUAAAGAUGCCACUAUUAAACAUUUGCUACCCAUCUUUGUAGAGAUGCUAAAAGAUGAAUUCAGUGAAGUGCGUCUAAAUAUUAUUUCCAAACUACAAGUGGUUAAUGAGGUCAUCGGUAUUCAGCUUUUAUCCGAGUCGUUACUGCCUGCAAUCACUUCUCUCUCCAAUGAUAAAUUAUGGAGAGUGCGGUUGGCUAUAAUCGAGCAAAUUCCACUCUUGGCCGAACAAUUGGGUGUUGCGUUUUUUGAUGAGGCAUUGGGCCAGCUUUGCAUGGAAUGGUUGUGGGACCCUGUGUACUCGAUUAGAGAGGCUGCGGUUUCUAACUUACAGAAAUUAACCCAAUUUUUUGGUGAGGAUUGGUCUAAGAAGGAGUUGAUUAAGCGAGUUGUGGAGAAGAAACAAACAAAGGAUUUCGACAAUUUCAUCUGCCGUCUCACCUGUUUAUUAGCUAUGAAUAAACUUAUUCCAGUUGUUAGUGCCAAGACCGUGGCCGAGGAUAUCUAUCCUUUCAUUGACGAACUUAAGGAUGAUCAGGUUCCUAAUAUUAGGUUCAAUGUGGCUAAGGCGUUAGCAUCUGUGGCCGAGAAAAUUUACCCAGAAUACAAGCUAAUAGUGGUGGAUAAGAUCAGGCCGACACUUGAAAGCUUACAAGGCGAUGACGACGUCGAUGUCCGUUUCUACACUGACCGGAGCUUAGAGACUUUGUCGAAGCUUUUAUAG